AUGGUCGACGCAAACAACACAAGAGCUACAUCGAAGAAGAUCAAAGAAUCGGCGGCAGCAAAGACCAGAAGUGAAGACACACCGGUCGCGAACUCCUUAAUACCAGGUGCAAGCUCGACCAGUAUAGGAUCUGAUGCGUAUACCCAAGCCAAUAACGGCACCGCUACCAGCAGAGCCUUAAACGGCAGUCUCUUAAACCCUACGGGGGUUACCCAAAAUGACGAGAUGUCAGGGGGAACCGAAGGUGACGAAAGACCGUCAGACGAGGUAGUCAAUUUGUUGAUAGACACGAGCGAAUCACGCAGAGACCGAGCCCCUGCGGCAUUGAUACACCCACUUGUUAAGGCAAAGACCGGUGCAAUCACCGAGAGCCAUAUUGUGGAGGAAGAAGAGGAGGAUAGAUCUCCAGCUAUCGCAGAACCAUCCAUCAUGGCCGAGAGGCAACAGAUGUGGGACAGAGCGAUAUCCGCGCAAGACUCAGGAGACGUUAUCUUAGCAGAAAUGCUGUUCAAGGCGAUAGGCCUCAUCAGUAAGGCUGCGGCCAACCCAACCCGCAACACCAACGUGUUUGCUAUGCCAAGUCGGGCCGAAUCUGGAGAAAUCACCUACCUCAGCACCAAAGUCGCGGCGCCGCCCCCUGCCGUCGAACCCAAAGUACCGGCACAGGACCCUGACAAAUUCUUCUUGAAAGAAGGAGACCUGGUGUACGCUAUUGGAUCUGUGACUAAUCACAAUAGCGUUGGUUUUGCACCUUUCCUCGACGAGAAAAUACGAAAGUUGCGCUCCCCUCUUCCCUUAACAAUAUUCAAUCGCAAGUGGCAACAAAGGGCCAUGGCCCACCACUUGGAUAGACGUCAGAGAUCAGACGAUUUGUCAGCUGACAAAGACAAGUCCGGCGGCUACAAGGGUUUCGCUUUUGUCCAAGAAUGGACGCAAACGUAUGCUCAGUGGACUAGAAACCACAGAGCCUUCGCCAAGACCCUCCAUGAUGUCUACAAGAUUAUCAAGUUUUCUAAGCUGCUAGCGACUCACAAGAACAAUUGCGACGACAUAACUGAAGAAUUCGGAUUCAUGGUCGCGUUCCGCUACGACAUGGAGGUUAGAAGCAACACUUUCUCUCACCGCAUAACGGAUGAAGAUGUCAAAAAAGCAAUCCCAGACAUAUCUCAGCGAAAAGAAUCGGUCGUCGAGCAAUGUUACAACACUUGCAGAAAUUUUGGCGAACUGGAAUGGGAGGAAAACCUCUAUGCUCCAGGUUUUUCCCACAGUAACCACGACCCUUUGACCGGGUAUCUCAGACCUUCUAGAAACGGUGCCAGCUUCCUAUCAUCGCAACAUAGCAAUGCCAUGGUCGCGAAUCCAAACUCUCAUGGUCAGAAUUGGAUGAAUCCUCCCGUCAACAGUUAUAUGAAUGGGGUUAUGUACGGAAACCAGAACUAUGGUCAACCCCUUGGUGGCAGAUUCAAUCAUGCACCUAAUAACCAGAACCAAGGUUUCCAAAACGGCGCCAAAAGACCGAGGGGUGGUUACAAAGGAGGGAACUAUUCAGAUAACUUUGGGGGAAAGGUAGAGGGAGGCCAAGCAAACGGGAGAAAGAAUAACAGCAAUAAGUAG